AUGGGACUGAGUUGUUCUUCGAGCAAUCAUAGGCCAUAAAUUUAGAAAAUUAACGAAAUAAAAUUACCAAUUAUGAUUGCAGAGAAUUUUAUUAAUAUCAUAGGAUAAUUAGAAUUAUCUGACGAUAUUCCUGACGAACUUCGUUACAAUUUAAAUCAAUUAAUUAUACUGAGGAGUAAACUGGCACAUUGUGUUGUUCGUAUAUAGAGACGAAACUCUCAUUAUCACUUUAUAGAAUUAGAAAAUGAGCUUACAAACGUAAUUAAUUUCGUACACAUUGUGAUUCAAGAUUUUUAAUUGGAAGUAUAUUUUCCACUAAUAACCUCAUACUUAAUAGAAGAAUUAGAUAUAUAUAAAUAAAAUUCGAAAUAAUAAGUAUAAAUAUGA